UCGCGGACGUUCAAACGUACAUAAUUUCGUCUCGCAGUAUUCCUAUUCUGAAAUCGUGGAAAAAGUUUCCGAAAAACUUCGUGUUUCUCAGUAAAUCAAGUCAUGACGAACGUGGAUCGAUAAUUAUCGAAGAACCAAGAGGUGCACCAUGUCGCAGACUUAUUAUUAUGGGGCGCAGUAUGUGCCCGGCGCUGGGCUUGGCGCCGCACCCCAAAACAGGACCUUUAACCUCGAGUAUACACCACACUAUUCACCGAGCAGAGCCAACAUAUACAGGGGUGGUUCUGAUAUACAGAAGAGAAUGACUCAAAGGGAGGAUACGUUGAGGUUCGAGCAGGGCCGCAUUAAGGCCCUGCAGGAGGAACGUCUGCAUAUACAGAAGAAGACAUUCACAAAAUGGAUCAACUCCUUUCUAUUAAAGGCGCGUAUGGAAGUGGACGAUUUAUUCACGGAUCUAGCGGACGGCAAGAAGCUACUGAAACUACUGGAGAUCAUCUCUGGCGAACGAUUGGCCAAACCGAACAAUGGUCGUAUGAGAGUGCACAAAAUCGAGAACGUGAACAAGUCACUGGCGUUUCUUCACACGAAGGUACGUUUGGAGAGUAUAGGAGCAGAGGACAUAGUGGAUGGGAAUCCAAGAUUGAUCCUGGGUUUGAUAUGGACAAUCAUUUUGAGAUUUCAAAUUCAGGAGAUUGAGAUUGAUGUGGAUGAAGAAAAUGAUAGCAGUGAAAAGAAAUCAGCCAAAGAUGCUUUGUUGCUCUGGUGUCAGAGAAAGACCAAUGGGUAUCCUGGUGUUAAUAUCCAAGACUUUACUGGAUCCUGGAGAAGCGGUCUUGGAUUCAAUGCCCUCAUCCAUGCUCACAGACCAGACCUAGUCAACUGGUCAGAACUGCAACAGAACAAAAACAUUGACAACCUUAACUAUGCCUUUGACGUGGCUAAUUCAGAGCUUGGUAUUCCAAGAUUAUUGGACGCGGAGGACGUUGACACUGCACGGCCUGACGAGAAAUCCAUCAUCACUUAUGUCGCUUCUUACUACCAUACCUUCGCCAGGAUAAUUAUUAAAAAAUAUAAAAAUUUAAUUUUAAUUUCACAGAUUGUUGGCCAAAUGAUGGAUGCAGACAAGAUGAAGGUCCAUUAUGAGAAACUUACAACAGACCUAUUAGAAUGGAUUAAGAUGAAGAUAGGAGUUUUAGAAAACAGAAACUUUCCUAAUUCUUUAGAGGGUAUUCAAAAAGAGCUGUUAGCUUUCAAACAGUACAGAACAGUGGAGAAGCCACCUAAGUACAAAGAACGAUCAGAAAUAGAAGCUUUGUAUUUUCACAUAAACACCCAAUUAAAAUCCUUGAAUCAACCUGCAUUCACACCUCAAGAGGGUCAAUUGGUACAUGAUAUUGAAAGAAAUUGGGUGGAAUUGGAACGAGCAGAGCAUCAUCGAGAAGUCGCCCUUAGGACUGAACUCUUGAGGCAAGAAAGGCUAGAACAGUUGAACUAUAAAUUCGAAAGGAAGAGUGUAUUAAGAGAAGGUUAUCUGAAAGAAAUGAUUCAGGUCUUAACAGAUCCUAGAUAUGGUAGUAAUUUAGCUCAAGUAGAUGCCACAGUGAAGAAGCAUGAAGCCAUCAGUGCAGACAUUCUAGCUCGUGAAGAACGUUUCCAUGAUUUAACCAAUAUGUCAGAGGAGCUAGUAAGAGAAAAUUAUCAUGGUUUUGAAAGAGUGAGAAUGAGAGAACAGGAAGUGCUUCAGAGGUGGAAAGAGCUCCUAGCACUCCUAGAUCAUCACAAGUCCAAUUUAGUUGCCUUGAGUUCCCUCAUGAGUCUGAUGAGAGAGAUUGACACCACUUUGGCCUCCAUUCAAGAGCUGCAAUUGAACUUCCAAAGCACAGAUGUUGGUCCACAUCUGUUGGGAGUUGAAGAUCUAUUACAAAAGCAUAGUUUGCAAGAAUUACAAGUGACAGCUCUUGGAGAGACCCAGAGGAGACUGGGUAGGCAAGCAGCUCAGCACUUGGCACAACCUCAGAAUAAAGAGGUACCUCUAUUACAACAAAAAUUGGAGAUGUUAAACAGCGCUUAUGAUGAUCUAGUGGAAUAUAGUAAAGAGCGUAAAGCUCGUCUGGAAGACGCCAGGAAUUUCUUCCACUUCAUUCAAGAUCAUGAAGAUGAGGAAUCCUGGCUGAUAGAGAAGCAACGCAUUUGCAAGGCAGGAAUAUCAGCCAAGGACCUUCGUGCAGUGAUCUCGUUGCAGCAGAAGCACAAGGCCCUUCAGGAUGAGAUGAAGGUGCGGAGACCAAAGUCUGAACAACUUUGCGACGCUGGAAGAAAGCUGAUAGCUGACAACCAUCCUUCAGCUAUGGAAAUUCAAAAUCGUAUUGACUCGCUGCAAGAGCACUGGAAGGUGCUAGAGGAGCUGGCUGCUCUCAGGAAGAAACAGUUAGAUGACGCAGCAGAAGCCUUUCAAUUCUACGCGGAUGCCAACGAGGCGGAUUCAUGGAUGAACGAGAAGAUGGCUCUUGUAGCCUCUGAGGACUAUGGCGUUGACGAACCCAGCGCUCAAGCAUUGUUACAGAGGCAUAAGGAUCUUGAGGGAGAGCUGAACGCUUAUAAGGGUGAUGUGCAGUCAUUGAACAUGCAAGCUGAGAUGCUUAUCAAAUCUGGAAUUUCUACCUUAGAGUUGUCUGCUGAUCCUGAGCCUGUUGCUGAACUGGAGCAGGAGGAAUGGAUUAAAGAAAUGAGGCUAGUUCCUCAAGAUGUGUGGGUAGAUGAAGUUGUAGAGAAAUGGGAACCCAAGAAGGUCCUUGAAGACAGGAUGGUGCCUCAAGUGAAGAGUUUGUAUCCAUACAGUGGCCGUGGUAUGCAGAUGUACAGGGGUGAGGUUAUGUUUCUGUUGCACAAGACAAAUCCUGACUGGUGGUGUGUCAGAAAAGCAGACGGCACUGAUGGUUUCGUGCCAGCGAAUUACGUUCGCGACAUCGAUCCCAAAGUAAUACAGGUACAGGUUAAUAAACGACAGAAAGUCAAAGUAACGCGGAGAGUGAAGAAAACGAAGAUGGUGAAACAACUGGUUCCUGUAAGAAGAGUGAAGUCCAUUAAAUCAACAGUGAAACCGAUUAAAAGAAAAACUGCUUCUGAUGGAGAUAGCGUAGAGAAACGAUUGAAGAAGAUCAAUGACACUUAUAGUGAGCUUCAGGAGUUGGCAGUGAAGAGACACGCAUUGCUAGAAGACGCCAUAAGAUUAUAUGGUUUCUACCGUGAAUGUGAUGACUUUGAAAAAUGGAUUAAAGACAAAGAGAAGAUGUUGAGAGCUGAUGAUCCAAGGGACAAUGUUGAGACAGCUAGGAAGAAAUAUGAGAAAUUCCUCACGGAUCUCUCAGCCUCAGGAAAACGAGUAGAAGCCAUAGAUGCUGCGGUUGAAGAAUUCGUUAGACAAGGACACAGUCAGUUUGACAAGAUCCAAGCUAGACAGUGGCACAUCCAUCAACUUUGGGAACAUUUGAACUGGUUGAAGCUACAAAAGGAGAAAAGUUUAGAAGGAGCUUCCAGUGUGGAGUUGUUUAACAGAACUUGCGACGAAGCUCAUGAUUGGAUGUUGGAGAAAAUUACUCAACUGGACACUGCAGAACUUGGACCAGAUUUGAAGACAGUCCAAGCUUUACAGAGGAGACAUCAACAUCUGGAGAGAGAGUUGGCACCUGUUGAAGAGAAAGUACGAAAGGUAAAUCUAUUAGCAAACAGCGUGAAGAGUUCAUAUCCUCAUGAAUUAGAUAAUGUCAACGCUAGGCAAAUUGAAAUCAAAGAACUCUGGAACAAAGUUCAGACAAAGGCCAAGGAACGCAGGUCUAGAUUAGAAGAUGCAGUUGGCCAACAAAUUUUCAUGAACAGUUCCAAGAAUUUAAUUAAUUGGGCUGCAGAUGUACAAGAGACUAUAAAGGCUGAAGAGCCUGUCAGAGAUGUAGCCACAGCUGAACAGCUCAGGAAGCAACAUAUGGAGCUUGGAGAAGACAUAAGAACACGAGAAGACGAGUUCAGGGAGGUUGAGGAACUUGGAAAUCAGUUACUCGGUCGAAAUCCAUCUCUGGCGGAUGUUGGUGAACGUUUAGACAAAUUGCGUGGUUUGUACCAGGCUGUAACGACAGACUGGACGGCGAAGGAAGCUUGGUUGCAACAGUGUUUGGAAUUGCAGCAGUUUAACCGUGAAGCAGAUCAAAUUGAAGCCACUACUAGCUCUCAUGAAGCUUUCCUGGAAUUCACCGACUUGGGAGAGUCUCUGGAUGAUGUUGAGGCUUUGUUGAAACAACAUGAAAAGUUUGAGAACACUCUUCAUGCUCAAGAUGACAGAUUAAAGGCGUUCAGCGAAACUGCGGAUAAAUUGAUCGCUCACAAUCAUUAUGAUAAGGACUACAUUAAUGAAAGACGAAAUCAAGUUCUUGCACGAAGAAAUCAGGUUAAAGACGCUGCACAGCGUCGAAGAUCAGCUCUGAAGGCUUCAGAACAUUAUCAACAAUUUUCAGCAGAGGUAGACGAUUUACGGGAUUGGUUGGGUGACAAAAUGAAAACAGCGUCUGACGAAAGCUAUCGAGAUUUAAAUAACCUCGAAAGAAAACUUCAGAAACAUGAAGCAUUUGAAAGAGAAUUGAGGGCUAAUGAAGGACAAUUAAGAGCAGUGAACAAAGCAGGGAAAGCUUUGAUAUCUGAAGAGAACUAUAGGUCGGAUGAUGUUGGUAGAACGUUGAAAGAGUUGAAUGAUCAAUGGGACAGAUUAGUGGCUCUGUCUUUGGAAAAAGGUCGCAGAUUGAGACAGGCUGCUAGUCAACAUGGUUAUAAUAGAAUUAUGGAGGAUGCUAGAUUAAAAUUAGAAGAAAUAGAAAAUUGUUUGCAAAGUAAGCAAGUAGGGGUGGAUCUGAGAAAUUGCAAGGAGUUGUUGAAGAAGCACCAGUCGCUUGAGAGUGAUAUGUCUCAGUGGGAGCAGAAAGUGGAUGAUCUAGUUGCCAUGGGUGAAGAGAUGGCUCAUGAGGGACACUUUGAUGCCGCGAAUAUAUUGAAAACUAGCCAAGCUACGCAAAGAAAGUUCCGUAGCUUGAAAGAACCAGCUAAGAGAAGACGAGAAGCUUUAGAAGAAAGUUUGCGUUUUCACAAAUUUGGAUUUGAAUUGGAUGCUGAGCUACAAUGGAUAAAAGAUCACCUUCCUCAGGCAUGUUCAACAACACUUGGACAAAAUCUGCAUCAGGCUCAGACGUUGCAUAAGAAGCACAAGAAAUUGGAGGCUGAAAUCGCUGGUCAUCAACCGAUGAUAGACAAAACUUUAGCCUCUGGACAAACUCUAAUUGAUCAAGCACAUCCAGAGAAGAAGAAGAUACAAGAACUGUGUGACGCGCUAGACGAUGCAUGGAGAGACCUGCAAGAAAAGGCUGGAGAACGAAACAAGGCUCUGGACUUGUCCCUAAAAGCGCAAGAAUUCUACUUCGAGGCAGGAGAAGUUGAAAGUUGGUUAAACGAGAAGAACGACGUCCUCAGUUCCACUGAUUAUGGCAGAGACCGUGACGCUGCUACGAAAUUAUUAACAAAACACAAAGCUGUCGAGUUAGAAUUAGACACGUAUAAUGGCAUUGUAACAGAGAUGGGUCACACUGCUGCUUCAAUGAUCAACGCAAAACAUCCUGACAGCAAAGCAAUAGCGAACAAGCAACAAGCAAUCGCUCAGCAGAUGCGUGCAUUGCAAAGAUUAGCUACAGUGAGGCAACAACGUCUAAUGGAGAGCAUGUACCGACAUGAAUACUUCUUAGAAAGCAGAGAAUUAGAGCAAUGGAUCAAGGAACAAGAGCAAUCAGCUGCUUCUGAAGACUAUGGCCAAGACUAUGAACACUUGCUAAUAUUGCAAGCUAAAUUCAAUGAUUUUAAGCAUAGAAUAGAGGCUGGGUCUGAAAGAUUCAAUCAGUGUGAAGAAUUAGCUCGAAAAUUAAUCGCUAAUGAGAGUCCUUAUAUUCAGGAUAUUGAAAAGCGACAAGAACAAUUAGGGGAAUCCUGGCAACAUCUUCUUGGUCUGAUUCGAAAUCGUGAGCAAAGGUUGCAAGCUGCUGGAGAAAUUCACAGAUUCCACAGAGACGUGGCUGAAGCAUUAUCCCGCAUACAGGAAAAGGAAGCAGCCUUACCAGAGGACCUUGGACGUGAUCUGAACUCUGUAUUGGCACUGAUCAGACGCCAUGAAGGCUUUGAGAACGAUCUAGUCGCUUUGGAGGCACAGCUACAGGUUUUAGUUGAAGAUGCAUCCAGAUUGCAAGCACACUAUCCAGGAAAUAAUGCAGUACACAUUGAUCAACAACAGCAAAUUGUCGUUGCUCACUGGGAAGAGCUGAAAGAGAGGUCUGCUCAUAGGAGGGACCAAUUGCAGGCUAGCUGUGAUCUGCAAAGAUUUUUAACUCAGGUCAGAGAUUUGAUGAAUUGGGCGGCUGGACUUCGCGCCGCGAUGUCCACAGAGGACAAAGUGAGGGAUGCAGCCAGUGCACAGAUCCUGAAGGCAGAGCAUGAAGCUCUGAAGGGAGAAAUCGAGGCAAGAGAAGAUAGUUUUAGUUCUGUUCUUGACUUGGGUGAAGCUAUGGUCCAAACUGGUCACUAUGCUGCCUUGGAGGUAGAAGAGAAAUGCAAUCAAUUACUCGAUGAAAGACAGAAAUUACACACUGCCUGGCAACAGAAGAAGAUCCAUCUGGACCAACUGAUAGAUUUGCACUUUUUCUUGAGAGAUGCUAAACAACUGGACAAUCUAUCAACCACCCAGGAGGCUGCAUUGAGCGGUGACAACUUUGGAGACUCUGUUGAGGAGGUUGACGCUCAAGUGAAGAAACACAACGAAUUUGAAAAACUACUGGUAACGCAAGAAGAGAAAUUGACUGCUCUACAAGAACACGGAGACAAGCUUCUGGCUCAGAAUCACUUCGACUCACCCACAAUUGCGAGAAGAUUGAGCGAAGUUGUGCAAAGGAGAGCCAGAAUUAGGAAUUUGUGCGAUGUACGACGAAUAAGAUUGGAAGCUGGGUUGUUACAUGCACAGUUCGUCAGAGAUGUUGCAGAAGCAGAGUCCUGGAUCGGUGAAAAGCAAAAGAAGCUCGAAGCAGAGGCGUCUAAAGGUGAAGUAUCCAGUUUGGAGGACAAGAUCAAGAAACUACAGAAACAUCAAGCGUUCCAAGCUGAAUUGGCGGCUAACCAGAGCAGAAUCGAGGAGAUCAAGGCCAAAGGAGAGACUCUUCUUCAACAGAGGCACCCAGCAAGCGCUGAGAUUCGACAACAAUUAGAACAUCUUCAUGCUUCUUGGAGAAAAUUGCUAUUAGAAUCUGGAAACCGUGGUAGAGGACUGGAAGAAGCUCAAGAUAUCCUAGAAUUUAACAACCAAGUGGAGAAAAUUGAAGCUUGGAUAAGAGAUAAGGAAAUGAUGGUCCAGGCUGGAGACACUGGAAAGGAUUACGAGCAUUGUUUGAGUCUUCAGAGGAAGCUCGAUGACGUAGAUAGUGACAUGAGAGUAGACGACUCGAGGAUAAAGACUAUUAAUUCACUAGCUGAUAAAUUGAUCAAACAAGGCAGAGAUAACGAGUCCAAAGCUAUUCAGCAGCGUCGUGACAAUUUUAACAAUAAAUGGAAAGGUUUGCAGGGAGCACUGAGUGCUUAUAGAGAAACUCUGGCUGGAGCAUUGGAAAUUCACCUAUUUAACAGAGAUAUUGAUGACACCAAUCAGAGAGUCAUAGAAAAGGCAGUUGCCAUGAACACUACUGACGUUGGAAAGGAUCUACCUGCUGUUGAACACUUGCAGAGGAAGCAGGAGGCAAUGGAGAGAGACAUGACUGCUAUUGAGGGAAAAUUGAAAGAACACAGAGCUGAAGCCAGAGAUUUAUCCUUAAAAUAUCCAGACAAGGCUCCACAAAUAAAUGGAAUAUUAUCAGAACUACAGUCUAAUUGGGAUGACUUACAGAGACUUACUCAGCAUCGUCGCGAAGCAUUGAAUCAAGCUUACACUCUGCACAAAUUCCAAGCCGAUUUACAUGAGCUAGAACUUUGGGUAGCUGAUACGAUUAAACGUAUGGAUGAGUCUGAUCCUCCAACGACCAUAUCUGAAGCUGCAGCUCUUUUGGAACUUCAUCAAGAGAGGAAAGCAGAGAUUGAUGGCAGACAGGACACGUUCAAAGCUUUGAAAGAGUAUGGACAGAAGCUUCUGACUAUUAACGAGGAUGUUAAGGAUAAUUUGGAACAUUUGGAAGGGCUCAGACAAGGAUUGGGAAAUGCUUGGGAAAGCAGAAGGCAAAAGUUGACCCAAGCAUAUCAAUUGCAGUUAUUCAAGGAGCAAGCUGACCAGGCUGACAGUUGGUUAGCUACUAAAGAAGCAUUCCUCAAUAAUGAUGAUCUUGGUGACUCUUUAUCUGGUGUUGAAGCACUUUUGCGCAAGCAUGAAGAGUUUGAAAAGAUGUUGGUCUCUCAGUUGGGACGUAUCGAAGAGUUAGAGAAAUUUGCAAAUGAUAUCUUGGCUGAAAAACACUCUGAUGCCAAUGUUAUUAAGCAGAGAUUAACGUCAGUCUGUACUAGAAGAGAUAAAUUGCAAAACAGUGCAACAGCAAGGAGGAAGAAGCUGUUGGAGAGUCAUCAUUUUCAUCAGUUCCUUAGAAAUAUUUAUGAAGUUGAAGGGUGGUUACAUCAAAAGCAACAGGUGGCCAGUGACGAAAAUUACAGGGACUCAUCGAAUUUGCAGAGCAAAAUUCAGAAGCAUACUGCCUUUGAGAGUGAAUUGAUGGCGAAUAAAGGAAGAGUAGCAGCAGUGAUCAAUGAAGGAGAGGCACUGAUUGAAGAGAAUCACUUUGCCUCAAACACCAUCCAAGAACGUUUGGAUGAAUUGGAUGCAGAAUGGCGUCUGCUCCAAGAAACCAGUGAAUUAAAAAAGAACAGAUUAAACGAUGCCUAUCAAGCUUUACUCUUUGGACGUACUUUAGACGAAUUCGAGGCAUGGAUGGACGAAGUGGAAACUCAAUUACAAUCAGAGGAUCAUGGAAAAGACCUGUCCAGUGUAGCCAACUUACUGAAGAGGCACACGAACUUGGAGAACGACGUUUUAGGUCACAACGAGGCUUGUGAAUCCAUCAAAGAGACCGCGACCAGUUUCCAAAAGUCCAAUCACUUCAUGUGUGAUGAAAUACAGGAAAGGGCGAUAGUUACAAUAAACAGAUACCACAGUCUACAAGAACCGAUGCAGAUAAGAAGGGACAACUUGGAGGAUGCAAAAUUACUGCAUCAGUUUGCAAGGGAUGUUGAAGAUGAGAUGCACUGUUUGUCUGAAAAAGAACCACUUGCUGCAAGUAAUGAUUUAGGAAGUUCUUUGUCUACUGUGCAGCGACUACAGAAGAAACAUCAGGCUUUAGAAGCAGAAUUAAUAUCGAGGGAACCUGUAGUGUCUUCUUUGGUCAGCAGAGCCACAGUUAUGGUGAGAAGUGGGCAUUUUGCUUCAGAGAAAAUUGAAAAAUUGUCACAGGAACUGCAAGACAAGCUGUCACACCUUAGGGAUUUAGCUAGUGUUAGGAAACUGCGUUUGCUUGAUGCUGUUGAGUCACAGAUGUUCUAUGCUGAAGCAUCAGAAGCUGAGCAAUGGAUAAAAGAGAAACACCCGCAGUUAACUGCCACAGACUAUGGAAAGGAUGAAGAUUCUGUUCAGUCACUUUUGAAGAAAUUGGAAGAGAUAGAACGAGACUUGCUUGGUUUCGAGAACACCAUAGGAAACUUGAGGAAACUUUCACGUGGACUGAUUGAGAGACACCAUUUCGACAGCAAGAACAUUACUCAGAAGCAAACAGAAAUUGAACAGAAAUUCAAAGAAUUGCAGAAAUUGAAGGAUUAUCGAUUGCAGCGACUACGUGAAAGCGAGAAGUUCUUUAAGUUCAUUAGACAGGCGGAUGAGGUUAUUGAAUGGAUUGGAGAUCAAACAACAGUUGCUGCCUCAGAGGAUUAUGGCCGUGAUGUGGAACACGUUGAGCUCCUCAUUCAGAUAUUCGACAACUUUUUAGCUGGUUUAGCAACUAGUGAAGGUCGAGUGUCAGGAGUUCUAGACGAUGGACAAAAAUUGAUAGAGGAAAACAAUCCAGAAAAGGCUAAGAUACUGAUGAAACUCGAGGAAACGAAACAACAAUGGGAGGAUUUGAAGGAAUUGGCACAUGCACGACAAGAUGCACUAGCUGGUGCGAAACAGGUGCACAUGUUUGACAGAACUGCGGAUGAAACUAUUUCCUGGAUUCAAGAAAAGGAGACUGCACUCAGUUCUGAUGGCUAUGGUCAUGAUCUGGAGACAAUACAAGCUUUAGUGAGGAAGCACCAAGGAUUUGAAACAGAUUUGGGUGCAGUGAAGGAACAGGUUGAACUGCUGAUGGAGGAGGCCUCUAGACUAAUUGAACUAUUCCCAGAUGCUCGCAUACAUAUAGACGUGAAACACCAAGAGGCUGAAACUGCUUGGAACGAAUUAUUAGAGAAAGCUGCUCAAAGAAGAAGCAAAUUGGCACAGGCUGAACAACUCCAAGCGUACUUAGGCGACUACAGAGACUUGAUGUCCUGGAUAAACGAGAUGGUGGCCAAGGUAACGGCCCCUGAUCUAGCUCGAGAUGUGCCAGGAGCUGAAGCGCUGAUAUUUAGACACAACGAAUAUAAAGCAGAGAUUGAUACGCGCAAUGAGGCCUUCGAUAAGUUCUAUAAAACUGGCCAAGAACUGAUAGAGCAGGGUCACUUCUUGGCAAAGGAGAUUGAGGAGAAGAUAUCCGUUUUACAGCACAGACAACAAUUUUUAAAGGACACUUGGGAACAAAGGAGGUGUAUUUAUGAGCAGAAUUUGGAUACCCAGUUAUUCAAACGAGAAGCAGAGACUUUAGAGAGCUGGAUAGUCAGCAGAGAGCCUAUGCUGCACGAUGGAAAAUUUGGAGAAAGUAUAUCACAAGUAGAGGAACUGAUAAGAAAGCACGAGGACUUUGAGAAAACCAUAGAAGCUCAAGAAGACAGGUUCAAUGCUCUUAGAAGGAUAACUAUGCUAGAAGAGGCGUUCGAGAAGCAACAGGAGGCAGAAAUGGCCGCCAGACAGGCAGAGAAAGAAAGAAUAGAACGUGCUCGCUUAGAAGAACGAAAACGUAAGGAGGUGCAGAGGAUAACAGAGGAAAGGAAACGCGAGGAGGAACGAAGACGAUUAUUGGAUAGUCCUCAUCGUUCGGUGCAUGAUGAAGUCAAUGGAACCACUGAUGAGCAUGAGUCUAUCAAUAAAUUACCUCCUCUGAAGGCUGCUACCACAUCUGAAAGUCUAGAGUCUACCUCAAUACAGAAACCACAUGGUUUAUCCCAUGUGUUUGGUGAGAAAUUGAGAAGAACGACUCCUUACAUCAAGAGAGCAGAAAGUAUGAAAGUUGACACGAAGAAACCGAAGAGGACACCUAGUUUUACCACCAGAAGGAGGACUCAGAGCUUCAGGAAGCUUCAGAGGAUGGAGAACAUGGAUGCACUGCCUCCUGUAGAGAUUCAGGGAUUGUUAGAGAGGAAACAUGAACUUCAGAGUGCUGGCAAAAAGGCUGCUGUGCGUUCAUGGAAGCAAUAUUACACAGUAUUGUGUGGACAGCUUCUGUGUUUCUUUAAAGACAUGGAGGAUUUCUCGUUGAGCAAAGCAGCCACCGCUCCUAUCACUAUCUUCAAUGCCAUUUGCGAGAAAGCUGAUGAUUACACCAAAAAGAAGAACGUGUUCAGGCUGAAAUGUACAGAUGGGUCAGAAUUUUUAUUCUUGGCUCCCAGUCAGCAAGAGAUGGAAGAUUGGGUUAAUAAGAUAUCGUUCCAUGCUAAAUUACCUCCAAGUUUACAAUUGUUAAGCUACGACGAAUCGCAAAAGGAAGGUUUAGAGAGACUGCAGAAUGUAACUAUAGAUCAUGUUGAUGAUAAUAUCUCAACUGGCAGCAGCCAUGCCUCUACUCCAGAGUUAGAACGAAAGAAUUCUGUGAUCAGGCGUGACAUGUCCAAUCAACAUACACCAAGUAGCGUACAGAUUGAGUUCCUCCAGAUGCACAGGCAGAACCAACAGAAACGUGAUCCUCAAAAUAAUACUGAAUUUAUGACUUCUCAGAGGACAGAGCCUCCUCAGACGCAGACUGAGUUCUUGCAGAUGCAUAGACAGCAACAAUUGUUGGCACAGCAACAACAGUUGUUACAACAUGAACAAAUGGCAAGUCAGAGGGAACAGUAUCCACCAAAUUCAGGAGACAAGCCACCUAUUCCUCCUAGAGAAGCACCACCCCCAAUUCCUAUGAGAUCACCCAGUUCAGAAACUAUUCCACAAUACAGACGUGAUGAUGCGGAACUUCUUCAAGGGAGGACUAGCCAUCUUUAUCACCAACGUAGUGCAACAUUAAACCACAAUGGAUCUGGCCAAUACCCACCCAAUGCAACCUGGCAUAGGCAAAGUAGUGUAGAUCUUACACAACACCAAGCUUAUGGAAAUGUUCCUGUAACUACCAGACAGGGUAUGCAGCAGAAUAAUUCCUUCACAGGUAGACCAGUGUCUUUACCCCCAUACGUGGCACCUCCAGCUGUCCCACAAAACCCUCAAAACAUUAACGUUGUGGACAGUAGAAGAGCUAGCGAAAGUGGGUCAGAAAGUGAACAUAGCAUUAGUAGCAAUCGCAAGGACCGCGAUUACAAGCGAAGCUCUGUUUUGAGCAAUCUAUUUGGCAGACGCAAGAAACCUCAAUCGUAACCUAGCCGAUAACAAUUUUUAUGCUUAUCUUACACAGAACAUGUGUGUAAUAGGUGUAUGAAUUUCCAUGGAACAAUGGCGAUGUAAAGUCCUUUCGAUAUAAAAAGGAUACGCGUAUAUGCUAUCUUCGCAGCAAAACACGCGAACGAUUCUUGUAAAUUAUUUCCCUGUACCAUACAAGUUUUACGUUUUACGUUAUUUAAUAACGUAUGUUGAGUUGAUCAUGUAGAAAAAAGAAGACUAUGUAGAAAAUGGAGAAAGUACUUGCUUCUGAUAUUUUAGAACCUAAAAGCAAUACAUAGUGAUGAAUGCAUAUAAAUUUCUCGUAAUGAAACCCCGAUAUUAAUCAUUGUUAUAUAAAAAUUGAUUCUUCAUAUUGGAAGAAUCUAUUGUGCAACAUAUGGACUUUAUAGUAACGAAAAUUCUAAAACAAAUUAUUGAACUAUGAAAAGACAAUCGACUUACAGUUACUAUGAUUGUUAAAUUGUUUCCGUGAAUUUCUUUAGAUGCACCGUGAAGCUACAAAGAGAACAAUUAUGGUUAGAAUUUACACGCCUUACAUGCGAUGAUAAAUGAAUUUAUUUAAAGUGUACCUGACUUUAAGAGGAAUGUUGAAAUAUGUAUGGAAGAGGAACAUGUAGUUGCGUGAAUAACGUAAGGUUUAAGUUUUUGUAGAUGCCACUUAAUAUAUGUUGCAAAUAUUAUAUAUUUGAAAAGGCCUGUUUGGGACCAAUGAUCUUCUAAUGUAUUAAAGUACCAGAGAGACAUGUACUAUGCGUUGUUGCGAAGAUGACGAACGGAAGGAAUGCGGGUCUUGUUGGUUAUGUAGGGGACACACUCAAAAUCAGAUCAUACGCAUUUUUAUUAUUGGCCGAAACCGUCACAUCUACUAAUCCAUCGCGUGACGGUGAGAAUCAAAGAUUGAGCGAGCGACUUACAUCCCUUAUCCCUGUGCCGUCCCGCUCGUGAUCUUCU